AUGGCUUCGAGAAUGUUUCCUUCACACCGCACGGGCUUUGCGCUCGUGAUAGGAUGUCUGAUGUUCUCUGCUCUGGCGGCUGCUGGUGCCCGCCCCGGAGAUCUAUCUGUUGCUGAGAUCGAGGAGCAAUUGCAGAAUUGCCCCCUUGUUGAAUCGCUUAAUGAGCAUAAACGCGCUACGGCCCCUCAAACUGCGAGUCUUCUCUCUCAGAUCUUCGCCGUCCUUUUCCCAGGCAGCCCGGCUGUGAACUCCCUCCUCGCGACGCUGUAUAUCUCUGGCCCUCCCAACUUCCUCUUGGCAUUAUGCCCUCCCAACAUUGACCCCUCCUCCCUGUCGAUUAUGGUUGCUUUCGCUGUAGGUGGUCUUCUGGGUGACACGCUGUUCCACCUACUUCCCGAGAUCUUCCUCGGCGAGAACUCGCCUGAUCACGUUAGUUUCGUGAUGGUCGAACCGAACAAGAACCUUCUGCUCGGUCUUGGUAUCAUGGUUGGCUUCUUCACGUUUGUGGCUAUGGACAAGGCUCUGCGCAUUGCAACUGGUGGCGAUGGCGGCCACGACCACUCCCAUGGCCACUCCCAUGGGGAUACAAGUGCAUCUACUUCGGGCUCUGAUGCCACUAGCAAGUCUCAGCGAUUGGAGAAGGCCUCGGGGGUGUCGACUCCUGAGAAGGAGAUCAACCCUAGUGUCAAGCUGGGCGGAUACCUGAAUCUCAUUGCGGACUUCACUCACAACAUCACUGAUGGCCUUGCACUCUCCUCGUCUUUCUACGCAUCACCGACCAUCGGUGCGACCACUACCGUUGCAGUUUUCUUCCACGAGAUCCCUCAUGAAGUCGGCGACUUUGCUCUUCUCAUUCAGUCUGGCUUCUCCAAGCGCAAGGCUAUGGGUGCUCAGUUCGUCACAGCCGUAGGUGCGUUCCUGGGCACAUUCAUUGGAAUUGCCGUUCAGGAAUUCGGUGGCCAUGGCGCUGAGCUGGAGAACUCUGCUACCUCUGGCCUCAUGGGCACCAGCCUCCAAUGGGGCGAUAUGCUUCUGCCAUUUACUGCGGGUACUUUCUUGUACGUUGGUACCGUGGCGGUGAUUCCUGAGCUGUUGGAGACUGGCAAGGACAAGCGCACAGAGGUGUGGAAGACCAUCUCCCAGUUCUCUGCUGUUGCUGUUGGUGCUGGUAUCAUGCUCGCGUAA